AUGUAUAACGGCAAUGAACAAAAACGAAAAGCGCCCAUACUAGAGACCGUCCCUUCGGGGUUGCCGAUAUCGCGACUCUUCGACGUGAUGAAAAAGAUACCAAAUUCGACAGAGGGCGGCCGUGCAUCGUGGGUGCCCACGGCCCGUAGCGACGGAGGGUCCCGGCGCGAGGAGGGACAUCUAAGAGUCGGCGUGGCUGAGAGGGUAAACCUGCGAAACUCGAAUGAACGAAGGAGAGAUUCAUCGUCAUCCGAGGCGUCGCAUUCGCGAUCUGAUGGGCGUCAGUCCCUUAAUCGGCUCGCGGGCAUCACAGGCCCGGAGGCGGCGACGUCCGCGGACGGCGCGCACUUCUCUCUAGUAAUUACAUCGGACCGUUCGACGUCGGCCGAAGCGCCGUUCGGGAGUCGAGUCGUUCCUUCUCAAACGGGAACGAUGGACCGUGACGGUGGCACGACUGACGUUAGGACGGUGAAGAAGAAGACGAAUCGCGCACGCGCACCUAGCGAGUGCCGGCCCCGACGCAAGACAACGUCGUCAUCGAGGUCCUGCCGUUGUGCGGAAUCGGUGCGGGAGUCUGUUGCGCCAGCCGUGCUGUCUCGGACCGUGCGCGUAUCAGUCGGCGAU